UUAAACUCAUAUACAUGUGCCAAAAAAAUAAGUUGGCAUAUAUGUACGUAAGGGCCAGAGCUUAAAGACAAUAGACUUUUUGCUACUCUAUAUUACUCACUGCAGUUUGCCACCCAAAGGUUGCAUUUGCAGCUGCUGCCCACAAAAUUGUUCUUUUCACUGAUCAACAAUUUUAGAUACGCAUUGAUGAAAGAAGGCGUGGUAAAAUGUUUUUGAUGAGUAGGACCUGCUGAAAUGGAAGCAAUACUGAAAGCAGAGAAGAAUGGUGGUGGAGGAACAACUUCUUCAAAGCACUCAAGGAAGAAAAGCUUCACUAGACCUUCUUGGCUUCUCUGCACUAUUGCCGAUUUGGACAAGAAGAUGAAGAAAUUGGUAUUGAGCAUCCCUAACAAAGGUGGUGCUGACAGUUUCACUGAACGUGCUGAUGCCUAUUACCAGAAACGGCCACAGCUUCUGGCCCUAAUCCAAGAGUUGUAUGACAAUUAUCUCUCUUUGGCAGACCGUUAUUGCCAAGCACUUGCCAAGAACCAUCAUCGUCGAAAUUCCUUUCCUAUUUCAUCCUUCCAUCUCGAUGAUAAUGAUGAUCAAUAUGACAAGGAAGAGAACAACGGAUCAGAGAUUAUUGAUUCUGAUGCUGAGAGUUCAUUGUCAUAUCAGCUGCCAUUUCCACCCGCACAAGCCAAAUUUGAAUCAGACAUGAUUGUUGCAGACUUGGUGAUCAGAAAUGUAGACUGUGAAAUCAUCCAGCACGAGCUUAGUCAAGUCGACAAGCAUUGCAACGAGUCAUCAAGGAAGAUAGAGUUGCAGGAAAGCUUAUUAGAGUUAUUGGAAUCAGAGAGGCUGAUCUUGUUAAAUGAGAACGCGAGAUUGGGAUACAAAGUGGCUUCAUUGAUAGAAGAGAAUAAGGGAUUGUCUUCAGAGUCGUUGUUCAUGAAGAGGAAGGUAGCUGAGCUUGCAAGGUGCAUGCUGAAGAGGAGGGAGGAUCAUAGAGUUUGCGUUCUUAGUCAAAAAGUUGAGGAUCUUCAAGGUCAGAUAUAUGGUUUGGAGAGGAGGAACAAGGAGUAUUAUGAACAGCUACUAAAGCAUGAAGAAGAGAAAAGGAUCAGGUCCAACAUGAGGUUGAAGGGUUGCUUUAAAGUGCAUGAAGAGGCUGUUGGCAGUGUGAAAAAUAGUGAACAGCAGAGAAAUGUUGGCGCUGAAGUUGGAAAGAAAGUUCCUAAGCUAUGGAACAGGGUUAAGAAGCUUGAUAUCUUCCUUUGUGCAUCUGAUUUCAACCCAACCUACUGUUAAUUGUUAAUAAAAAGAGGGUGUUUCAACUUUCAACAAUUCAACUUAGAAUGUUUUGUACUGAAACACAUGUUGUACUUUGAAUGUUUUGCUCUACCCUAUUAGCACAAUAAAUAUGAUGCAUGCACUUUUUGAGCA